UUUUAGAAAAAAGGGUAACAAACAGUAGAGAGAAGACCAGAGAGAAAAAAGGUUUUUAGGGUUUAAUAAAUCUCCUCUUUUUAAUCAUCUCUAAUCUCACCAAAAUUCUUCACAGCUUAACAAAAACCUAGGCAUGGCUACGGCUGCUUCUGCUUCUUCAGAAGCCCUAGAAAUCAAAGUUGAACAAAACAACGAAAAAUCCUCACUUUCUGAAUCGACCCCUUCCACCUCAAAUGCUAAAGAAAUUUCAGAUCAAGCCUCGGAAAAUUCAGAUCAUACAGAAAAAGUAGAAGAAAAAGGUGAAGGAGUAGAAGGAGAAGAGGAAGAAGAAGAGGGGGAAUGUGGGUUUUGUUUGUUUAUGAAAGGAGGUGGAUGUAAAGAUAGUUUUACUGCUUGGGAAGUAUGUGUUGAAGAAGGAGAAAAGAAUAAAGAAGAUAUUGUUGAGAAAUGUUCUGAGAUUACUUCAUUACUUAAGAAAUGUAUGGAUGAACAUGCUGAUUACUAUGCACCUAUACUCAGAGCAGAAAAAGCAAUGGAGGAAGAAGUAAACAAUCAAUUGGACCAAGAAAAGGCGGAGGAGACUCAAUUGGAGCGAAAGGCAGAACUGGAACAGGAAAAGGAGAAACAACAAGAAAAUUAGAGGACAUGGCUUGAUUUGU